UGCCUAUUCCCUGACGCUACCCUUUUGUUCCCGGUGAACCGCGGGGCACUUUGAGACCGACGCCGUGCCUCACGAAAGACUACAAAUAUCAUCAUGCUGCGCGCGUUCAGAGGCCUCUGAGUCCUCAGAAGAUUACAAAAAAAAAAAAAAGGCAAAAAGGGAAUCUGAGUCUCGCGGUGUUGUCUAUUGCCUCAGUUCACGGAGCUGUCAAGGUUACGGAAGCCGGCAGAGAAAAAAUCAACGCGCGUGCACGAAGAGCAUUCUGGGAGUUGGAGUUUAUAGAAGGUGUGCAGUCAUGGUUUGCGGAAGCGCAGGAAAAAUGGCUCUCGUUAUUGCCUGGGUUUUGAGUUUUUGAGCUCGAGUUGGAAGAAACUCGUUCCUGGCUGAUUCUUUGAACGGACCCACGUGGCGAGACUGGGGGCGAUGGAUGUUACCCAGCCCAAACAGGAGCAUCUCUUGGCCCUGAAAGUAAUGAGAUUGACCAAGCCUACUUUGUUCACCAAUAUUCCUGUAACUUGUGAAGAGAGAGAUUUGCCAGGAGAUCUGUUUAACCAGUUAAUGAAAGAUGAUCCUUCCACCGUUAAAGGAGCAGAAACAUUGAUGCUUGGAGAAAUGCUGACAUUGCCGCAGAACUUUGGAAAUAUAUUUUUGGGAGAGACGUUCUCCAGCUACAUCAGUGUUCACAAUGACAGCCAGCAAGUUGUAAAAGACAUUUUGGUAAAGGCUGAUCUACAGACAAGUUCACAGCGUUUAAACCUUUCAGCUUCUAGUGCCGCAGUAGCUGAACUUAAACAAGACUGCUGCAUUGAUGACGUCAUUCACCAUGAAGUAAAGGAAAUAGGGACACACAUUUUAGUAUGUGCAGUAAGCUACACCACACAGAAUGGUGAAAAGAUGUAUUUCCGGAAGUUCUUCAAAUUUCAGGUCCUCAAACCGCUAGAUGUGAAAACUAAAUUCUACAAUGCUGAGAGUGACCUCAGUUCUGUGACUGAUGAAGUCUUUUUGGAAGCCCAGAUUCAAAAUAUCACAACCUCUCCAAUGUUUAUGGAGAAGGUGUCCUUGGAGCCUUCUAUUAUGUACAAUGUAGCAGAAUUAAAUGCUGUCAAUCAGAGUGGGAACAAUGUGUCAACAUUCGGUAUGCGGAGCUACUUGCAGCCCAUGGAUACACGGCAAUAUUUAUAUUGUCUUAAACCCAAGCAAGAAUUUGCAGAGAAAGCUGGAGUUAUUAAAGGUGUAACAGUUAUUGGGAAACUGGACAUUGUAUGGAAGACAAAUCUUGGUGAAAGAGGGAGGCUGCAAACCAGUCAACUCCAAAGAAUGGCUCCAGGUUAUGGUGAUGUGAGGCUUUCAUUGGAAACCAUACCAGACACAGUAAAUUUGGAAGAGCCGUUUGAUAUUACAUGUAAAAUAACAAAUUGCAGCAGUGAAAGGACGAUGGAUCUGGUUUUGGAAAUGUGCAACACAAAUUCAAUUCACUGGUGUGGAGUGUCAGGAAGGCAGCUGGGCAAACUUCACCCUACUUCAUCCCUUCACUUAACCCUUACGCUCCUUUCAUCAGUACAGGGACUACAAAGUGUGUCUGGCUUGAGAUUAACAGAUACCUUCUUGAAGAGAACCUAUGAAUAUGAUGAUAUUGCACAAGUCUGUGUGGUUUCUUCAAAAACAAAAGAAAACUGAGAGAACACUUAUUUUAAUAGCCACCGCUGGGAUUUUUUGGAAAAUCAUCUGAAAACAAAAUAAUGAUUAAAUCAAGCUGCGUCCAUCUGUAAUUGGGGGAUAAUAUUUCCUUAUUUAACUAUUGCUCUGGCAGUCAAUCUGGCAUUUUCAGAAUGUUUUAAAACAGUUGUAAAGAGCCAACCAUAUGUAUUUUAAUCUAUCUGGAAAUAAAGUCCAAUGAUGCAACUGUCUUAA